AUGCCAUCUGUAAUGAAGUGGACCCAUCAUGACACCAAGCCUGCAACUCAAAUUCACAUUGCCAAAACGCCACCCCUAAUGCAAUCCUUCAAAUGGUUACUUAAAACCAUAUCUGCAACCAAUUUAUCAGAUACCCAAAUUGAAAACCAUGGAAUUGACAAGAACCUGAUGGAGAAGGUGAAGCAGCUGAUUAACACUCACUAUGAGGAAAACCUGAAGCAAAGCUUCUACGAGUCUGAGAAAGCAAAGAGCUUGGAGAAAAAACAGAAUGCUUCUGAUAUAGAUUGGGGAAGUGCUUUCUUCAUUUGGCAAACAAUGGAACAGUACAUUGAAAAACUCAUUCAACUGGCAGAGGACUUAUCUGGGCUCAUGAGUGAAAACCUUGGUUUGGAGAAGGAUUACAUCAAGAAAGCAUUUUCUGGAAGUGAUGGUCCUGCAAUGGGAACAAAAAUAGCCAAGUACCCCCAAUGCCCAAACCCAGAACUGGUGAGAGGACUCAGAGAGCACACAGAUGCUGGUGGUGUAUCAUCCUUUUGCUCCAGGAUGAUCAACUGUCUCGUUUACAUGAUUAACUGA